CAUUUAGUUGYAGAGAUUGAAUCCAGAGCACCCGCCUCUCGAGAUACACUUGCGGCCUUUAUUCCUUUAAGUCGGGGCGUAAUCACAUUCAACUUGAAGGAUCAAUUCUGCAAGAGCCAGAGGUCUCUCUUUCACUUCGUCUUCGUUUGAUAACGUCCACUGAUAGCAAAUGCAUGAAGAUCACUCCCAACCAACACGAAGACAAAAUCACCUCGUUCUACWGGUAAAAUAGUUCUUGCUUUGGGAUCUUGUGGAUCCUUUUAAAUAAUGAAAAUUAGAGCUUUCAAACGCCUCUUUGGUAGGAAGAAGAGAGGGAAAGGUCCUUCAUCCUCCCAAURUAAGUCACAAAGCGAUGAACCGCAAUCAAAACCAACUCCUUUUCUGGACGAGGAUCUUGCCGACAUGGCUUAUCAUAAAGAACAACAGGAUUCUCCAAAACGAAUCACAACGCGUAAAAAGGAGGAGACCACUUCCGAAAAGCCUUUUUAUGUUGGCGGAGGAAGAAAAGAGGAGAAUCCUAAUGUCCAAAUUGCACCACAGAAAGCGUUAGAUGAGAGACGACRUUUAUCCAAUCCAACAGCUACACGAAAUAGCACAUUCACAAGCACUAAAUCCAUCUCAAUUGAGCCCCCUGGAAAGCGAGGUAGUAACCUCUCGGAGAAGAGUCAAAGUGACACCGUCAACGAUCUUUCUAGUACAGCAGCAAAGACGGGGGGCAAAGAUAACAAAAAACUCAUAUCGCAAGGGCAAGGAAACGGCGUUUCACCAUGCCAAGUUGACGAAGUUAUUUUUCCGGAAUCUGAUGUAGAUWACCGUCAUUCAACAAUUAGCAGGGCAUACGAUUCCAUUCCUUUGUUGGAACAAACAAAGCUUCCCAGGGGAGGUAUUAGUAUAGAGACAGAGGCAGUAGGAAGAGUACAGGUAAGACUGCURUGAUAGAUGUCGAUUCCUUUGAUUCUUUGUUUGUUCUUYAUCAAGAUUURUUUGGUCUUCAGCACUAUAGUUGUGUCUAUUGUGACUCAUUUUAUCUUUGAURCAACUUUUUAUGUUUAGUUUGGUAUUCCUCCUGAAACCAUCAAAGACAGUAUGCGUUUGGGUAUACCAGUGCCACAGAUAUAYAUAGUACCGGUUGAGCGCUUCUGCAGGGACUUGGGACCGGCUCUAGGUGUAAAUUUGGCAGARUUUGAAUUUCCUGCAUACUUCAACUUUUUUGUACGACAAAAAACUUGUACCCUCUUGGUAGAUUCUCAGGAGGCUGAAGACAACAUUCGACUUGUGUUCGAAGAAACACUUCUCGGACCAAAGAAAUUUAGGAGGGGAGUUGACUCUGUGGCUUUCGAUGAGCAUGACUUUGAUCCAGAAUAUCCAGAAGAACGCAUUCCGAAUCUUGAAAAAGAACUUCGCCAUUUCAGGAGUACUCCUGAUGGUGGAGAACUGAGUGUGGACUUGAUGCUUAAAUUUUGUCACUUUGUUCAACCAGAUGACGGAUUCUGUCAUAAAAACCUAGGUGUACCUCCAAACUUGGAUGCUAUCAAUGACGAUGAAGUGCACGAAUUGGUGCAGCAAGAUUAUGACGAAGCAAUUGACGAAUUUGAACACGUGGAGAGAGAAGAGUCAGAACAGACAACAGUACCUUUUCAGGGUAAGGAAGUACCAAAAGAUGAACGAGAGAUACGCGCAAUGGAAAAAACGAAAUCUAAAUGGUCUUAUGGUAGAGCACGAUGGGUUGGUAAGUAAUGAUUGUUGCAAAUUGUAUAAUUCAUGUUUCGCAUCGUGUCUCUCAUGACCUAUUUAAUCGUGUUUGUUGAUUUGAUAGGAGAUGUGGCAACAAUUUGGUCAUCAUCAGCUACAGAUGAAGAGAAGAAAAAUCGCAGUGUUCCCAGAGUAGAGAUAUUUAAAAUGCCAAGCGGAACAGAAUACAUUAUUCACGACAUCGAUGAAAACAACAUCGUGAUUGGAAAAGCUAGAUUUAGUGGCAAUAUGAAAGUCAAUGAAACCAUGGGUUUAGAAGGGUUUGGAGAUUCUUCUGUUCUUGAUUUCGUCGAAGAUGAAGACGAUUCAAACCGCGAAUCGAGAUCGCUGAUUCCUCGAUCGCCUCCAAGCUUUUAUCCUCCGUCUUUUGGGGUCACAAUCCUGGGAAAUUCCCACGGCUUUGACCCUAGUGGCUCAGUCUCAGGAUAUGUAUUAUGGAUUAAUGGACGGGGCCUCAUGAUAGACCCCCCRCCUUACGCCUCCGCAGCCUUGGAACGAGAAGGAAUUCGCCCGAGAACCAUAGUUGGAAUCAUUAUAACACAUACUCAUUCCGAUCAUGAUGCAGGAGCUUUUCAGAAAGUUUUGACAGGAUCGCCGGUUGUUGUCAUUACCACCCCUACGAUUUACAAGAGUUUUAUUCGAAAAUAUGCUGCUCUUUCUUCUUUGAAUCCAGCGCUACUUCGGCAYUGCCAUCGAUACAAACCAGCUAUAAUUGGCCAGGAUUUGAGAUUUCAGGGCGCAACUUUUAAAUUCUUUUAUUCACUGCAUUCGAUCCCAUGUGUCGGCUUUCGGGUGGAAUGGAGGGGUCGAUCCAUUGUAUUUUCUGGGGACCACCUGCACGACCCUGUUAUCCUCAGGAACUUGCAAGAAAAGGUACGUCAGUUUUUGGCAAGCGAAUUCAUAAGACCCAACUUCCACACAUGUGAUGUGUUCUCUUAAAUAGUGCUUUUCUUGUUCACAGGGUGUCCUUUCAAGAGGGCGUGCAGACGAGUUACUUAAUAGGCCGUUUCAAAACACCGACCUAUUACUGCAUGAAGCUGGUGUUCCUCCAAUCCACACUUCUCUCUCCACACUCAACAAUUUCCCGAAACAUGUCAAGAAAAGAAUGUACGUUGUACACACGGCCAAGAUCCCGGAUGAGUUCAACUUACGAAAGGCACCUACCGGUACAGCGGGAACAUUACGGCUUGACGAAUCACACAGAGGUUCAAACGACAUKACUCGCUGCGGGGUUUCUAUGUUUGUGAACGAGAGUGCAAACAAGAAGAGAAAUGCUGUCCUGAGGUUUGAAGACGACGAAGUCAGCUUCGAUAGCGGUGGUGACGAGUACGUGGACAACGAAGAGAGUCGUGAUCAAAUUACUAGUCAAGCAGCGAUAGGGGCAAGUCAUAGAUUCGGCCGAGCCAGCUCAAUUGUCAUAUCGGGUAGGAAAUCGAGUAUUCCUCUUGUGUCGUUGAGAACCGCUUCCAACACCGAUUCAUGGUACAUGCUUAAUCUCCUUCAAGCCGUUCCUUUUCUUACAAGGUGAGCCAAAGUAUUGAUUUCUCCAAUCAACGUCGUUUACAGAGCAGCAAUGGAUAACCUGUGAUUUUUAUUUUUUCAAUUGCUUCGUACAGUUUGCCAUAUACCUCUACGAUGGAAGUCUUGGAGUCAGCCAGAGUUGAAGCUGUGAAUAAGAAUGAUAUUGUCGUCCCAUCAAUUUGUCGCAAUGAUCUUCUUUGCGUUGUUUGGGAAGGCACAUGCGUCGAACGAAAGGCGAGAUCGAAUUUAGUAGUUAUUGAAGACGACGAACUCUUUUUUCAGACUGACAGUAAUCCCUUUGCUGUAUGGCAUUCGGGCGACUGGACUGGUCCAAUUGCUUUGCAACCAGAGAAACGGCUAAGCGGAGCUAGUGAUAAAGCAAAAACCCAUGAUAUUGUCGCAACGUCGAAAGAGGGAGUGAAGAUGAUCAUUUUAGAAUUCAAGAGUCUCCAUAGGAUUCUCAAGAAUGGAUCUCCUCUGUACCGAAAGUAUCUAGAGCGUCAAAAAUCAUUUACCUCUAAUUUCGAGGGACCCGUCCCAGACAACAUAACUCCAAGGACCGAGAAACUUUUCAAGGAAUCAUCGAAGAAGUUGAAUAUAUUAGAUCUUAUCGAUAUGAAUACUGCGCUGCGGAAGCUCUCGGCAGUUCAAAAGAGACAUCUAGAAUGUAUCGCUGAAGGUCCUGUUGCCUUCAACCCAGGGGAGAGACUGUGGAGGGCGGGGGCUCCGGUAGACAAAGCUUUCCUUGUGGUGGCAGGCACAGCAGCGUUUGUAAUUCGACGAAGGAAUUCUGCCCAUCCACUGGCACUUGAACAUUCCGGGAUGCUAGAUGUAAGUAUCGAUGUCGAGACCAUUGAACGUUGGCCAGUGUAUUCAAUAUCAUACUUUUUGUACUCACAUUUUGUUUGGCUGGCCUAAAGAACUUUGACGGGAUGAUGAAAAGUAAAAAAUCAGAAACGGAAUCUGGAACAGACGAAGAAGUGGUAUGUGACUAAUUUCUCCAACAUGGAUUGCUCUAACUGUAUAAUUAGAGAAGAAUGCCGAUAGAUAUCUGCUUGCUUACAAAACAUUCUCUCUUCUGUUAAAUUUGCGACUCACAGUUCCAGGGAGAUCGAGAUCAGAAGAAGCCUGAUAGCGACAGCGACGACGAUAUUCACCUCGAGAGUCUUUUCGGUCGUUCGAAGAAACACAGUAGUGGGCGGCCCAYUGGUUUAUCGGAUAGAGAUGACUUUGAUAAGUUGAGCAAAACGCUAUUGAGGAGAGCGGAGUCUUUAGGUAGAGAUGACAACAUUUCUGUCAGCAGUUCACACGAUGAGUUUUCUCAGAGCUCGGAAGGAAACCAAAGCAGCGAAAUGAGUGACGAUCGUGAUCGUGAUCGUGAUCGUCGAUCUUCAUUGACAAGAAGGCGAUCUUCACGAGCCCGCUUUGUGAACAAAGCUCUGGUCCGGCUUUACGACCGGCGWGCAUUCACUGGUGGUUUGGUGUUCAGUAGAGGCCACUUCCUUGGGGACGUUUCGAAGAUGGUUGCUGGCUUCCUAGCCUCGGGGGAUUCAUCUGUUGCUGGCGAGAUAUCGAUGAAAGGAGAGGAUUCAAUCCCGUCGUACGGUUUUGGUGAAAAGAAAACUUCGAAGAAGAGCAAGAACGUGCGCAUAUCGAACAUGGUGAUUCAUGAAAAAGAUGGGGAGGGUCGCGUAAUGCACACUUCUACUUUGACAGCAGAACACGAAGGAUGCAUUGUGCUGGUUUUUCCUAGAGAGAGCCUCACCAGAUUCCUUGACGCCCACCCUGGCCUGCUUCUGUCUCUGCUAGGGACUCAAGUCAUUGUUUAGUGAUGCGGAGACACURUUUUCGAAAAUGCGKAAUUUAGCCCAUGCAGAGUGAUAUACCAAGCUGGGAUAGGAAUGUUAACAACAAAAUCAAACUCUCAAAACUAU